AUGGCCUCUGCAGGUAUGGACAGGCCAGCCCUCCCGGGCAACAAGCCCCUGAAAGAGGCGGAUCCCACCAUGUACGACCUUGUCCAGCAGGAGAAGGCCAGGCAGACUCGCUGCAUCGAGCUCAUCGCCUCGGAGAACUUCACCUCCCGAGCUGUUAUGGAAUGCUUGGGCUCGGCCCUCACGAACAAGUAUUCUGAGGGCCAACCUGGGGCCCGUUACUACGGCGGCAACGAGGUCAUCGACAAGGUGGAGAACCUUUGCAAGGAUCGUGCCUUGAAGGCCUUUGGCUUGGAUGAGAAGGCCUGGGGCGUCAAUGUCCAGCCGUAUUCCGGGAGCCCGGCCAACUUUGCAGUGUACACGGCCCUGCUGCCGCCCCAUGCCAGGGUCAUGGGACUCGACUUGCCCUCCGGCGGGCACCUGACCCAUGGCUACUACACCGCCAAGAAGAAGAUCUCGGCCACCUCCAUCUACUUCGAGUCGCUGCCCUACCGCGUGCACCCGGAGACGGGGUUGAUCGACUUUGACGAGUUGCGCAAGACGGCGCUCGUCUUUCGCCCGGCCAUGAUCCUGUGCGGGGCUUCCGCCUAUCCUCGCGUCAUUGACUUCGGCAAGUUCAGAGAAAUUGCGGACGAGGUGGGCGCGAUUCUGAUGGCUGACAUUGCUCACAUCUCGGGCCUCGUUGCAACAGGAGAGCACCCGUCUCCCUUCGAGCACUGCGACGUUGUGACAACCACCACGCACAAGUCCCUUCGCGGGCCGCGAGCCGGCAUGAUCUUCUUCAAGUACACGGACAAGAUUCCGGACAUCAAGGAGCGCAUCGACAUGGCGGUCUUCCCAGCUCUGCAGGGCGGGCCCCACAACCACCAGAUCGGCGGGCUGGCUGCCCAGCUCCUGGAGGUUGACAGCCCCAUGUUCAAGGAGUACGCCAAGCAGGUCAAGGCAAAUGCCAAGGCUCUGGCCGAAACCUUGAUGAGCAAGGGGCACAAACUCGCAAGCGAUGGCACUGACAACCACCUGCUGCUCUGGGACCUGCGACCUCAUGGGCUCACGGGCUCCAAGGUGGAGAAAAUCUGCGAGGCGGCAUCAAUCACCUUGAACCGCAAUGCAGUGCAUGGAGACGCGUCUGCUCUCUCGCCGGGAGGAGUUCGCGUGGGAGCCCCCGCGAUGACCACCCGAGGCUGCACUGAACAGGACUUCAAGACCAUCGGUGGGUUCCUGGACCGGUGCUGCCAGCUGGCACUGAAGAUCCAAGCCGAGAAGGGCAAGAAGUUGAAAGACUUCGAGGCGGCCAUUCCCGGCAACCCAGAGGUUGCGGCUCUGAGGAAGGAGGUGGAAGAGUGGGCCAGCAAGUUCGGAUACCCAGGCCUGUAG